AUGUAAAUAUUUGAAAUGGAUACUAAUGAUAAUUUGUAUAAGAUGACUAAGGAAAUUACAGUAAAGUGUGGUUCAACUGUUUGUGAGUGUUUAUUUCCAUAAUAAUACUUAAAAUCAAAAUGCUUCUUGGUGAAUAAGAAUGGCAAGAAUGUGAAUUUAUUAAAAAAGAAAGAAAAUGAUGACUUUGUAGUCGAAUAAUCUAUUGAAUUUAGUAGUCCUAAUUGUUAUGGUUAAUUAAGUGAUGAUGGAGAAUAUUUGAUAACUUGGGAUAAUGAAUAAAAGGAAAUAUAAAUAAGAAAAUUUAAGUAAUUCUGA